AUGGAUUUGUUCAAACAAAAGGGUGUGGUUUACACUCCUGUGAAGGAUGUUGACUUAGGUCCCUAUAGCACUGAAUUCUACCUCCAAGCCAAUGUCAAAGCUCCUCGCAUGACUGGAAUUUUGGUCAAAAUUUUCACUCACUUAUUGGAGUGUCCACUACUUGGAACUUUGGUACUGUUCAUAUUGAAAGGAAACAAUCUUAUUCAUAAGCUUAUUACAAAUGCAGAGUUAGAAGAGUCACCUCUCUUUGUUCCCGUGCAUGAUUUUGAAGACAUAAAAGAGAAAGAAGUAAAAUGGUUGGAUCCUUCUUUAUCUCCACCAGAGAGAGUUCAACUUGCACUAGAUUGCUUGCCUAUAUCUUCAGAAGAAACACUUGAUGGAAUAAAUCCUUCAUUCUGUCGGUGGACAAUAAUGGAUUACUCCAAAGCUUACCUAUCAGGGGACAUUACACCAAGCAUGGUUGCAGAACGACUUAUUGCUGCUAUUGAUGAAUCCACAAAACUCCCACUCCAAAUGGGAUUCUUUAUUCACUAUAAUGCUGAUGAUAUACUAAAACAAGCAACUGAAUCAACUCUUAGAUUCCAAAGAGGGGAAACUAUUUCCAUGCUAGAUGGAGUUCCUGUUGCUAUCAAAGAUGAGAUAGAUUGUUUGCCAUAUGCAACAACAGGAGGUACAACGUGGCUGCACAAAGAGAGGCCUUGUAAAGAUGAUGCUUGCUGUGUUAAGCGUCUAAGAUUGUGUGGUGCCAUACUUGUUGGGAAAACCAAUAUGCAUGAACUUGGGUCUGGAGCUAGUGGGAUCAAUCCACAUUAUGGGCCUGCUAGAAACCCAUAUGAUCCCAGGAAGAUUGCUGGAGGUUCUUCUAGUGGAUCUGCUACCGUGGUGUCAGCUGGACUGUGUCCUGUUGCUCUUGGUGUUGAUGGGGGAGGAUCUGUAAGGAUGCCAGCUGCUCUUUGUGGUGUUGUUGGUCUGAAACCAACUUUUGAACGUAUACCUCAUGAUGGAGUUCUUCCACUAAACUGGACAGUUGGAAUGGUUGGAAUACUAUCAGGCACUGUUGAGGAUGCAUUGAUCACUUAUGCAGCUAUUGGUGGUGAAAUUCCAUCACAUCAGCCCUCUACUGUAUUGACCAAGAUAAACCUUCCGCUGCUGAGUCUAACAAAGUUCAUAUCUGAUAUCAAGUUAGCAAAAUAUGGGAAGUGGUUUGAUGAUUGCAGCGAUGAUGUCAGAGUAUGCUGCUCCAAAACUUUGCACAAGCUUCAGGAUCAUUACAAUUGGAAGAUUAUAGAUGUGACCAUACCAGAGAUAGAAGCAAUGCGCCUGGCACAUUAUAUAACAAUCGGAUCUGAGUCUUCCACAUCGCUUGAUUCUUUUAAAGAAAAGAAUUUUGCAGAAUUAGGAUGGGAUGUAAGGGUAGCACAAAAUAUCUAUGGUGCUUUCAGCGGCUUGGAGUAUCUUAAAGCUCAGAGAAUUAGGAAUCGGCAAUUCCAACUUCACAAGAAAAUAUUUGCUGAGGCAGAUGUGAUUGUCUCACCAACAACGGGUGUGACUGCAUAUCCAAUUCAAGAUGAUGCCCUGAAGACUGGUGAACUUGACUACGUGAAUGGAGCUGCACUUGUUCGUUAUUCCAUAGCAGGAAACUUUCUGGGACUUCCAGCUGUCACUGUUCCCGUGGGAUACGACAGAUUGGGUUUGCCCAUUGGGCUUCAGUUUGUUGGAAGGCCUUGGUCUGAAGCCACACUCAUCCACUUAGCAUUUGCAACUCAGGCUAUAUGCAUGUCAGACUACAAAAAGCCAGAGCUUUACUAUGAUCUGCUGAGAAGAUAA